AUGGAGACCAGAAGGAAAUUGAAGGAGAAACUAGGUAGUGAUGGUCUAGUGAGGAAGGGCGAUGCCAAAGCAGUGGCAAGCAGAGCAGCUCAGCUAGGCGGUAUUGUCAAAGUAGAGAGUAAAGGCAGCGCCCAUGGCGCUAUUGGCAACAUAGUGAGAGGCGGCGCCCAUGGCAUGAGGUACGAUGCAAUGGUUGAAGGCGCUAGUCUCAAGAGUGGCAACGCCAUGGGUGCUGGUGGGGACACCUUUCAUGGGUUUGGCGACGCCUUAACAACUGGUUUUAGCAAUUCUUCUGGCACGAUAGAGGGUUUGGGUGAUGCCUUCAAUGCAUUUGGCGAAGGUGUUGAAAGAGAUCCAGAUGGCGCCGACGACAGCCUGGGUUACCUGAAUGAGGACAGCGCCCAUGGCAGGCAUGAGGCGAUGAUGUCAGUUUCUGUGGGCGAUGUCACCCGUAGCGCCAAAAUAGGGAUGUUCCACGCAUUGGCGACGUUGAGGCCACAAAGUAAGCGUACAGGUAAGUCUGUCGAUAACAAUGGUGUCUGUCAACAAGGGAAAAAAGGUGUUGGACCAGGUCUAGGCGACGCCCAUGGCGUUGUGACUGAGCUGGAUUUUGGGCAGUUAUUAGGCAUCAGAAAGCAACGAGCAGAUGUUCUUCAAUCGGCUCUAUUUGUUGACAAGCGCCCACUUUGA